GAACACCAGAUCAUUCACUGCUCUCAGUUUUGAGCAUUUGUUCUGAGCGAACGCAAGCUAACGCUACACAAUCGCCAUGCCUGGUAGGAAGUCUGACGCGCCGGCUAUCGGCAUCGACCUCGGCACAACGUACUCCUGCGUGGGUGUCUUUCAGCAUGGCCGAGUUGAGAUCAUCGCCAACGACCAGGGCAAUCGCACGACGCCGAGCUACGUAGCCUUCACGGAUACCGAGCGGCUGAUCGGCGAUGCUGCCAAGGCGCAGACGGCCAUGAACCCGGAGAACACCGUGUUCGACGCCAAGAGGUUGAUUGGGCGCCGCUACGAUGACCCCAAGAUCCAGGACGACAUUAAGCACUGGCCCUUCAAAGUGGAGAACGACGGCGGCAAGCCCAAGAUCAGCGUCGAGUUCAAGGGAGAGCGCAAGCGCUUCAACCCGGAAGAGAUCAGCGCCAUGGUUCUCACUAAGAUGAAGGAGAUCGCCGAGGCGUACUUGGGAAAACAAGUGAGCGAUGCUGUCAUCACGGUGCCCGCUUACUUCAACGACUCUCAGAGGCAAGCCACCAAGGACGCCGGUGCCAUUGCGGGUCUCAACGUGCUGCGCAUCAUCAACGAGCCGACCGCAGCUGCUCUCGCCUACGGACUGGACAAGAACCUGCGAGGCGAGAAGAACGUCCUCAUCUUCGACCUCGGAGGCGGCACCUUCGACGUCUCGGUGCUGACCAUCGACGAGGGUUCCAUGUUCGAGGUCCGAUCCACGGCGGGCGACACCCACCUGGGAGGCGAGGACUUCGACAACCGAAUGGUCGAGCACUUCGUGCAAGAGUUCCAACGCAAACACCGCAAGGACCUGAGAAAGAACCCGAGGGCGAUACGGCGACUGCGUACCGCCUGCGAGCGUGCCAAGAGGACCCUGUCCAGCUCGACCGAGGCGAGCAUCGAGAUAGACGCUCUGUUCGAAGGCAUCGACUUCUACAGCAAGCUCACCCGCGCUCGAUUUGAAGAGCUUUGCAUAGACCUGUUCCGAAGCACAUUGGAACCAGUGGAGCGUGCUCUUCAAGAUGCCAAGAUGGACAAGUCUCAGAUUCAUGACGUCGUCUUGGUGGGCGGAUCUACGCGCAUCCCCAAAGUGCAGAAGCUACUCCGAGACUUUUUCAACGGCAAGGAGUUGUCUAUGGGCAUCAACCCGGACGAAGCGGUCGCUUACGGAGCUGCAGUUCAGGCAGCCGUCCUGAGCGGCGACUCUAGUGAAGCCAUUCGUGACGUACUGCUGGUGGAUGUGGCUCCUCUGUCACUGGGUAUUGAGACUGCUGGUGGUGUCAUGACCCGCAUCGUGGAGCGGAACACUCGCAUCCCUUGCAAGACGUCGAAGACCUUUACGACAUACUCGGACAACCAGCCCGCGGUCACCAUCCAGGUCUUCGAAGGCGAGCGCGCCCUCACCAAAGACAACCACCUCCUGGGAACGUUUAACCUGAACGGCAUCCCACCGGCGCCUCGUGGCGUUCCCCAGAUCGAAGUGACCUUCGACAUGGACGCCAAUGGUAUCCUGCAGGUCUCUGCUAGAGACAACAGCACGGGCAAGCAGGAAAGCAUUCGCAUCACCAAUGACAAGGGGCGUCUCUCCAAGGAGGACAUCGAGCGCAUGCUUGCCGAAGCCGAGAAGUUCAAGCAGGAAGACGAUGCCCAGCGCGAGAGGGUUGCUGCCAGAAACUCUCUGGAGACUUAUGUAUACGGAGUCAAGCAAGCAGCUGAAGAAGCUGGUGAUAAACUGUCCUCCACAGACAAAGACACUGUGCUCUCCAAGUGUCGCGAGACCAUUUCGUGGAUUGACGCCAACAGCCUGGCUGAAAAGGACGAGUAUGAACAUCGGCUCAAGGAACUGCAACAAGCCUGCAUGCCCAUCAUGAGCAAGCUACAUCAGGGACAGGGCCCUAAGCACACCUCUUCAGGACAACAUGCAGGGCCCACUGUUGAGGAAGUGGACUGAAACAAAUUACUGUAACCUAGUCACUCAUCCCUCAUAGCCACAUACAUCAUGUCUUCAUAGUCACCUAAUUUAUUCCUUGUACAUAAAACUGUUUUUUGAAGCACCACAAUAAAGGAACAAUUUAUUGUUUA